AUGAGGGGUGCUACCAUCUUUUCGGGUUCGAGCUGCCCGAAUCUGGUCAACGCGAUUUGCCAGAGACUCGGGCAGAAGCCGGCGGAGGUCGACCUGAAGAAAUUCGCCAACGGCGAGACGUCGGUUGAGAUCAAAACCUCGGUUCGCGAUCAAGAUGUCUUUAUUGUGCAGAGUGGGAGCAGCCAGAUCAACGACAAUGUUAUGGAAAUGCUCAUCAUGAUCUCUGCCUGCAAAGGUGGCUCUGCCCGCAGUAUUACAGCUGUUAUGCCGUACUUCCCAUACUCGCGUCAAUCGAAGAAGAAGGCUCACCGAGGAGCUAUCACAGCCCGCAUGCUCGCGAACCUCGUCAAAGUCGCUGGCGUUAACCACGUCAUCACCAUUGACCUACAUGCCACACAGAUGCAGGGCUUCUUCAAAUGUCCCGUUGACAACCUCUUCGCCGAAACAAUCCUUAGCAAAUGGAUUCGCCAAAAUAUUCCAGAUUGGUUUGACAGCGUGGUGGUGAGCAAGAAUCCAGGUGGAACAAAGAGAGUGACGAGUUUGGCCGAUAGGUUGGGCUUGCACUUUGGCAUUGUGACCACAGACAGGAGAAAACCUAAGCAUCCGCCAAGCAUGAUGAGCUCGGCAAUAUUUGAAAGGCUGGGUGGAGACGGCACGAAUGAUCGCGAGGCUCUGGAAGAAGACGCAGAGGAAAGUCGACUGCACUCGCCUGACAAGAACAAGACAUCGCCAGAUCGGACGCAGCGCGAUCCUAAAGAGCGAGAUUGGGCAAGUCCCAAGUCAAAAUCGCCAACUCACGGGUCAGAAGGCGACGAUGACACAGACGAGCGGGCUAGAGAUGUCAUCACAGGCCGCCUCAUUCAUGGCCACAUUGUGGACGACGAUGUGCCUUCACCAUGCAUGUCUCAUUACUCCGCGAAUCGCAAUCGACAGUCCAGUGAGGAUGAGGAUGCAUCGGAGCAUAUGAUGCAGUCCUUUGUCUCCACAACGUCUUCUCGCUGGGGCGCUGGCAACGGCCAGGGCGGUGCCCUUGGCGGUACCGGCGAUGCAACACACUCCGACGAAGAGGAAGAAGAAGCUCUGCAGAAUCCAGAGAUCGAAACUCACGUCACACUUGUCGGUAACGUUCGUGACAGAUCGGUCAUCAUCGUGGACGAUAUGAUUGACAAGGCGGGGUCCUGGAUUGCUGCAGCGGAGACUGUGGUCAAGCGAGGGCAGGCAACAAAAGUCUACUGCAUGGCUACGCAUGGUCUCUUCGGCGGCGAUAGUUUGCAGCAGCUUGAAGAGUGCGACGAGAUCGAGGCGGUCAUCGUAACCAACGCGUUCCCUAUCCCGGAGGAGACCAGACGCAAGUCCCGGAAACUCAUUGUCCUGGACGUCUCUGGACUCUUGGCUGAGGCGAUCCGACGGAACCAUCAUGGAGAGUCUAUAAGUCAGCUCUACCAUAUCAUGGACUGA